GAGGAGACCUUUGCUCAUAACUUGAGAAGCUCUUCAGAUUGUAGGAACUGUGUUCUUGACGACAUGAAGAACAUGAUGAUCUUCACUCCGCUGUGUCUGACCCUGUGCUGGAUGCUUUCUGUGGACUCCAUGAGGGUCAUCCCUGUCAGUGAUGUGUUCCCAUUAGACAUGGCUGAGAAAUCAGUUGAUGACAUGUAUGAUGGCUGCAGCGACACGGCAUCGAUGGACUGGAUAAAAAACAAGUACUCUAAGGAGCUGACAAGUGGAGAAGAAUAUGCAUGGGCCUGGAAAAAAGCUGAAACGUGUGCUGAUGAUAGGUUUAAGAAAAGGAGCCCAGAGGACAUGGCUCUGACCAAAGAUCACAUGCAAGCAAUCUGUGUGUACACAGCUAGAUAUAUAUAUUCAGAGUUUAAUGCAGCAGUCAGAAAACAAAGGGAAAAUUAUCCUGAGUCAUUCCAGUACCAUAUUUUACAUUCCCUGUUGACAACAGCCAUUAGAAUCUUGAACCCUAAUAACGACUGUCACAUCACCUACAGACGAAAUAAUGUUGCAUUUACUGGAACACUCAACCAAAAAAUUCGUUUUGGUUCCUUUGCAUCCAGCUCUUACAAAACGAACCUGAUCAUCUUUGGUAACGAGACCUGCUUUCAGAUUAAGACCUGCUAUGGUGGAUAUUUAAAAGACUAUUCAUUCUUGAAUAAACGUGAGCAAGAAGUGCUCAUCCCACCUUAUGAGAAGUUCACUAUUAAAGACAUAAAAAGAUCUCGUGAAAUUGAAGGGUUGGAAGACUGUAAAAUUGUCUAUGUGUUGGAGAGUGCAGGAACUGAAAGUAAUCUGAACUGCAAGUUAUUUAAUCCGCAUCCAUUGGCUCGUAUUUGCUGGCAGGCAAAAAAAAUAUCACGGGCACGUCCCACCAGAAAGAGGUCCCGGGGAAGACCGAGGAUCCGGAAAGACAGCUCGUGGCUGGCCCGGAUAUGCCGCCGGAUUUCCCCAGAUUGGCUGGUGGCCGAGGAGAGGGCAGUCUGGGUUUCCCAACUUAGGCACCUGCCCCCGCGACCCGACUCUGGAUAAGCGGCAGAAGAUGGAUGGAUGGAUAGAUAGAUGGCAAAAAAAAAAAAAAAAAAUUCAGAUUUUGUUUCAGCUUUCAACAUCACUUGUCACCAAAACUGAGAUAA